AUGUCGACUACCACGCUCACUACCACCACGCUUGUCGGAUCCCCGGCCAUGAAGGGUAUCUCUAUAUCGGAACGACAAUGUCCCAUGUGCUGGGGCGAAGGACUCUCCCAAGAGAGUUCAGGCGCCCAUGAUCGAAUCCGGGAGUUGGAGGGGCAAGUGCAUGUAUUAACAGCGCGCGCUUCAGCAACAGCCUCCAAACUCACCGAGUACGAAGAUGAAAUCCGACGUCUCCGCUCCUCCCAGUCGCAAACCGCCUACGACACCCCAAGCAGUUCCUCCCUCGGAUCCCCUUCCCAAGCCAACCGGUCACGACCAACCUCCUCAGACUCCCAACCCCAAACCUACCAAAGCCGCCUCACAAACCUGGCCUCUCUCCUCCCGUACCGCCGCGGCAGUGCAACCCCCGCCAGUGCGCCCGCAACGUCCAGCGGGGCCCCACUGCCAAGUACUCCGACAGUCCCUACAAACCCCGUCAACCACCAACUCUCUCCAGCCAGCCACACUUCCGAGCUACAAGAAGCCCUCAUGCGCGAAAAAGCUCUGCGCAAAGCCGCCGAGACGCAGCUUUCGCAGGCGAGCACCGAGUUGGAAGAGUUGACGGUGCAGCUCUUCAGCCAGGCGAACGAGAUGGUCGCAGAAGAGAGGAAAGCCCGCGCUAAGCUCGAGGAGAGGGUUGCUGUGCUGGAGCGCAGGGAUCUGGAGAAGCGCAGCCGCCUGGAGAAGUUGGAGAAAGCUAUGGCGCGCGUGGAACGAGUGCGAACUUUGGUGAACCAUCAAUAA